AUGGCGGCGAUUGAAGACGACGAAGUCUCAGUGAUCCUCGAAGAACAGCGUGAAGAGAUAAAGGCCGCUAAAACCCUAGCCCAGGACCACGAUCUGGCUUUCAACCUCCAAAUGCAGGAAGCCCUAGCCGUUUCUCGAGCAGCCCACACCUCCUCCUCCUCCCCCGAAUCUCCGACACUUGAUUUCGCCGGAGAAGAUGAAGGAUUUGACUACACUUGGCUGAUUCUAGAGGACAUUGCGCGAGUCGACCAGGAGAGGCGAGACCGAGAGUUUGGCGAGCAGGAGAUGAAGAGACUCAAGGUCGAUCACGACCGUCGGAUCCACGAUCAGAAGUUCGCCAAAGAGAUUAUGAACAUCCCUGACGCUGAUUGGAGCAAAGACGGCGACUUUUUCCAGAAACCUUACUCCCUCGGCUCUUCGGCUCCCUCCUCUUCCUCCUCUGUCGCCAAGGUCUCUCCUUUCUCAGCGAUUGAAGGCGAGGGUUUCCGGGUCUAUUGCAAAGGUUUGGUGAGUGAGGAGAUGAUUGGUGAGACGAGGGUUACGGUUGGUGGUGUUGGUGUGGCCAUUUGUGACUCAGCUGAUAAUCUUAUUUGGGAGGUGUCCAAGGUUUUGGGAGCUGAGGAGUCUAAAAGCUCUGAAAUUGCUGAGUUGGAGGCCAUUGUUCACGGCUUGGAUGAAGCUUUCACCUUCGAUUUGGGAAGGGUCACCUUCUUCAUUGAUGAUUUCAAGCUCUUCAAUUACGUGACAGGCAGGGUGGAACCUAGGCAGAGCGUUGUUGCAACACUUGUAAACAAAGUGGCUCUUCUCCAGAAAAAGUUCCCAUACUGCCAACCAUCUCUUUUGACAAGAAAUGAUGUCAAGUUUGUGUUCAAGCUCGCAAGAGAUGCGAUCGUGUCCCAAAUCAAAUGGCCUGAGGAGACCAGUAAAGGCAAGACUUUCAAGGAGACUUGUGUGAUCUGCUACGAAGGCAUCACCGUUGACAAAAUGUUCUCCGUGGACGCUUGUUUCCACCGUUUCUGCUUUUCCUGCAUGAAGCAGCACGUUGAAGUGAAGCUACUCGGAGGGAAAACAGCUAGUUGUCCGAGCGCGGGGUGCAAUUCAGAAGUAAAGAUGGAUUCCUGCGCCAAGUUUCUGGAUCCCAAACUGGUUGAGGUUAUGAUUCAACGCAAGAAAGAAGGCUCGAUUGAUGUUACUGAUAAAGUUUACUGUCCGUAUCCAAAGUGCUCGGCACUGAUGGCCAAAGCUGAAGUUUUGGAGUAUACCAAACAGUACUUCGUUGGCACUGAGCAAUCUGCAGCGAGGAAAUGCAUGAAGUGUGGGCAGUUUUUCUGCAUGCAGUGCCAGGUGCCGUGGCACUAUAAAGACACCUGCGAGGACUUCAGUAAAUCAAAGGGGUAUCAGAACGCUGGAGAUGGAAUGCUCAAGUCUCUGGCGCAGAGCAAGCGGUGGAGGCAAUGCAUAAGAUGCAACAAUAUGGUUGAGCUUGCUUUUGGAUGCUACCAUAUAACCUGCAGGUGCGGAUAUGAGUUUUGUUACACGUGUGGAGCGGAAUGGAAGAAAAAGAAAGCGACUUGUGCGUGCCCGAUCUGGACUGAGCGCAACAUAAUCCGUGACACGAAUGUGAAUCGUAGGAGGUGA